AUGGAAGUCGUCCGUGCAGUACACGAGACGCGCCGUGUGGAAGUGAAGGAGGGGCGGGUCAUCUUGUAUCAGGUGCUCGUCCGCUGGAAAAAGUACAUCUACAUGUUCAACGCUAAGAGUGCACUCAAGUUCAGCGACACUCUAGUUUUUCAAGCUCUCAUAAGGGGUGAUGACGGGCAAAGCGUUGGAGCAAUUUUCGAUUGGCUUCGACUCAACCCUCUCAUGAACAAGCACGUUAAUGACAUGCAUGACCUGAGCUUGGAGCACCGAUUCCAGCGACGGUGA